AUGACAUCUCGAACCGUCUUGGUCACUGGGGCCAAUGGCUUUCUCGGCCAGGUCGCCGCGGCGCAAUUUUCUCGUGCGGGAUGGACCACUUACGGCCUCACCCGCAAGGAAUCUAGUUUUCCAGAUCUAUACAGAAAUGAGGUCAUUCCAGUCCUGGGGUCGGCCGCCGACCCAAGCUUCGUUAAGCAUUUGCCUACGAUCGAUGUGGUUGUGAAUACCACGGACGACUAUCGGGACGCAGCGAGACAUUUCCAACAUGUUACCUCGUUAUUCAAGACCGUCGCGGCAACAGCCAAGGAGCGCGGCGGCAACAAACCCCUAGUACUAUUCACGAGCGGCUGCAAAGACUACGGUAUGGGCUCAAGGCACGGAGACCCUAACCUGAAGCCGCACACGGAAGAGGAUCCGAUCAAUCCACCACAACUCGUGGCCGAGAGAACGAAAGCUGCGCUGUCGGUCUUUGACCACGCGGAGGAAUUUGACGCCGUGGUUUUCCGUCCUACAACUUUCUACGGACGCAGUGGCAGUCUGUACUCGCCCUUCUUCACACUGGCCGAACAGGCGGCGGAAACCCCGGAGCGCGUGCUCACCUUGGCGACGACCCCGAACUCGGUCCUGCACGGAACCCACGUAGACGACGUCGCGUCCGCUUACGUGGCUGUGGCCCAGAGCCCCCGAGAGGCCGUCGCCGGGCAAGUGUUCAACGUCUCGAACAAGAUGUACGAAACCAUCGGGGACAUUGCUGCCGUGGUUGAAAAGAGCUACAACAUCAAGGUCCAGUACAAAGAGCCCAGCGGCGAGAAGAAAGUCGACAUCGUCGACAUCACCAUCAACUUCCCGCAGUGGGUGGGCUCCGAGAAGCUGAGAAAGACGACCGGCUGGACCGACACCAAGAAGAGCUUUAUCGACGGGUUCGAGAUCUACCGGAAGGCCUAUGAGCAGGCGGUCGUGGACGAGGACCGCGGAGUAGACAAGAUGCGCAACAGUCUGGCCUUUGCACGGAUGAGCGUCGAAGAGCAGGCGGCUAUCAUUGCGGAGCGCGGAAAAUAG